AUGUGGCAAUUCCUGCUGUCAGCAUGCGUUCUCUCAAGUCUGUUGAGUGUCAACUACGGACGGAUGGUACAAGAACAAAAACGCAUAGAAUUUAACAAAGCCCUUCGUAAACCUUUGCUGAAACAAGUUGGACUUCAGCUGAAAUCAAUUAAAACGGAUGUUCCUAAAGUAUACAAGAUCAAUGAAUGCAAGACUAAAAUCAGCAGCAAAUACCAAGAAUGUGCCAAGUGCCUGAGUUCCAAGUUUACGGAAAGAAAACCGAGCAAAUCUCUUUCAGUCAAUAAUGCCCUGAUGUCACUUUGCUCCUCCACCGAUGUCGGAUAUGAAAUAUGUCAGCUAAUCAUAGAUCAGGAGCAGCCAUUUUUAGAAUUUAUGACAAGAGCAACGAAAAAGGUUCAAAGUACACUGGUCUCCGUGCUGGACCCCACUAAAGACUCUGAGCUGCUUCUAGAAGUUUUCCAAGGUUUCUUGAAUGAGCCAUGGGUAUCCUCAUCUGCUGCUGACGUAAGAAAAUCUGUUAGUGAUGCAAAAGUGGCCCUACAAACACCACAAGAAUAUAGAAGGAUAAAAAGGUGGACCAAAUAUCUCAAAUCUGUAUUUGAACAAAUGCCUAGUGAAGUAAGGAAAGCAAGUCAAGACUACAAGUCUUACAUGAAAAAAUAUAAGAAGUAUGCCAAAGAGAUGCCAGUUCCAAGAAAAAGGAGGUCGUCUGCGAAAAAAGCUCCCGUUGUUGUGAGAACAAAACGUUGGAUCAAUAUGGUCAAAGGCAUCAUGCAAAGUUUUAAUGUUACGAACGCUUCUAACACAAUAAUGAGUACGUUGGGGAAGAUAAGUAACCACAUCCCGAUCACCGAUUCAGAUACCCUCAAAUGUGGUCGAGGGAAAUGCAGAGCGCUUAUAGAUGCGUGUUCUGUCUCAACGUCGUGUCCGGAUCCUACCAAACCUAUGAUAAACGAUGUUUGCGAGUUCUAUGUUCAACUCGGUGCAAAGCCUAUCAUCGCUCGUCUGGAGCGCGCGAAAGACAUAUUUGAUGCCGUAAGAACUAGAGAAAAUUUCAUCACAGCUAUGAAUUACCAGUUCCGACAAAUGAGUGUGAAUGUAAACGUGGCAGCUCCAAAUAACAUAGAUCUGCCUAUUAUGAAUACAUUGAAUAUGAAGGCUGCUGCGAACAACGCAGCGAAACCCCUUAUGGAUGGUCUUAUGAAGAUGAACCAAUCACCGCCUCCUUCUAAUUUCUUCUAG